AUGGAGUAUGGAGGAGAGAGGCGCGCGGCGGCGCAGCGCGGGCCGCUCCGGGGCCGGCUGCCGCCGAGCCAAACACUACGCACCGCCCUCGCUCCACCAGACGCGACACAUUGCUCGACCCGCUGUCUACAGAGAAGGAGAGGAGAGGGCGCGGGGCGGGGCGGGGCGCGCGUCCCGCGGCAGUGGCGCGAGUGUGGUGACGCGAUGCGCUCGUUCGUGAGGGCGGCGACACUGGCGGCGCUGCUGGCGCUGGCGACGGCCGCGGCGCGCCGCAGUGACCAGGACUUCGAGUUUGACGAUGACACGGACGCCGCGGCGGCCCCGGGCGGCGGCGCGCACUCGCGCAGGCCGAGCCGCUACGUGUACGACCCGCACAAUUCGCUGUGUCGCUCACUGGUGUGUAAGAAGCGCGAGGUUUGUGUUCUGCGGGACGCCUUUACUGCGCUCUGUGCCACCAAGAAGGAUAUCUUACGGCGAGGUGACGUGAUAGUGGCCGCGAGCACCAGUGGCGGGGCGUGGGAGGGCGAGCGCGACUCCGGCCAGUCGGGGCGCGACGACAACGACGACGACGUCUUCUACGACACGUCUGUGCACGACACCGACGUCGACCCGGACCUGGACGCAGACGACGCCAAGCGGUGCGUGGGCUGCGGCGGGCGCGCGCGCGCUCAGUUCCUGUGCGGCUCCGACAACCGCACGUACUCGUCGCUGUGUCGCCUCGACCUGCACAACUGCGUGCGGCGCGGCGCGCGCCCCGUGCGCCUCGCCUGCCGCGGCUUCUGUCCGUGCGCGCCCGCCCGCCGCGCGCGUCUGGCGCCGCCCCGCGCGCGUCCGGCGCCGUGUCGCGCGUGCCCAGGCGCCGCGCCCGACUGCGCUCACGCCCCGACCACUAUGACGGGCGGCGGGGGGUACGUGCCGGCGUGCGACGCGCGCGGCUUCUACCGGCCGCGCCAGUGCCACGCGGCGCUGGCCGUGUGCUGGUGCGUGGACCCUCACGGCCAGGAGCUGCCCGGCUCGCGGACGAAGGGCGCGCCGGCCUGUCCCGGUGAAAAGUCUAUGGCGGACGUGGAGGGCGGCGAGGAGGGCGACCCGAGCGAGGCGGGCGAGGAGGGCGAGGCGGGCGAGGCGGGCGAGGCGGGCGCCCAGGGCGCGCCGGACGACGACGAGGACGGCGCGGGCAGCGGGGACGCAGAGCUGCACUUCUAGUCGCUCUACUAGCUAAUUGUGAACCCUACAAUUAGAAAUAGUUACUAAAAAGUCGAAAUCAUUAAAUUUGUAUUUCAUAUUUAUUUGAAUAUCAUGAUCAAAAUUAGGUGUCUUCUUCUCUUUUAACCGGACAUGGGUAGGUAGUAAUAAACUAGACUCAUCACGUAGAUAUUUUUCAAGAAAACGCCAAAUCUCAUAACUAAUCGAACGAUUCGACUAAUCGAAUCCCUAAUAAUAAAUCAAAAGUUCUUUAUCAUCGUAGAUAAAGUUAUUAUUAAUUAUUAUUAUUAACCAAUUUGAUAUGAACAUUCGAGUUUUUAGACAUAUUGAUUUUUUAUUAUUUCACAUUCGGUUUGGUGAAAGUACCUACCUAUCUAAUUACUCCGAUUACUUAGUAGGUACCUUCUCCUGAAGGCGAACGGAAA